UGGGUCAGAGGUGGCAUGUUAAUUCAACCUGUGAGUACACAACAGAAAACAUGGCUCUUGCAAGCAGGACGCUUUCGCUGAAGUCGUGUGUACGCUCGUGGACAUGGGCCUGUCAGCGAGGUGUGGCAAGUUCCCCGGGCCCACAGAUGCCUCCAUGUGACUUUCAGCCAGACCCUUACAAGGGUAUUGAGAGAUCCAAAGUCAAACAGGUCAGAAGUGACAACUUAAACCCAGCUCUGUUCACAUAUUACAAGAAACCUCUGCUAGUACACCAAGGUCACAUGCAGUGGCUAUGGGAUGUGGAUGGUACCCGCUACCUGGACCUGUUUGGGGGAAUUGUUACUGUCAGUGUUGGCCAUUGUCAUCCAACUGUGAGGAGGAGGGCAGAGGAACAGCUUGGAAAACUGUGGCACACAACUAACAUAUACCUCCAUCCAACCAUCCAUGAGUAUGCCGAGAAACUCACCGCUACACUGCCAGGAAAUCUCAAGGUGUGUUACUUCACCAACAGUGGUUCUGAAGCCAAUGACAUGGCUGUUCUUAUGUCUAGAAUGUAUACAGGAACUUAUGAUGUCUUAUCUCUCAGGAACUGUUACCAUGGUGCUAGUCCCUAUCUGAUGGGUCUCACAGCCCUGAACACUUGGCGCUACAAUGUUCCCUCAGGCUUUGGCAUGCAUCAGACCAUGAACCCAGACCCUUACCGAGGACCUUGGGGAGGAGCACGCUGUAGGGACUCACCUUGUCAGGCACUGAGGUCAUGUGACUGUGCUGAGGGUCAGUGUGAAGCAGGUGACCGCUACUUGGAACAGCUAGAAGAUGUCUUGAGGUUUUCCAUGCCCAAAGGGAAAGUUGGUGCUUUUUUCGCAGAAUCAAUUCAGGGAGUCGGAGGGACGGUCCAGUUUCCUAAGAAUUUCCUAAAGCGAGCCUUUGAGAAAAUUCGGGAACAUGGAGGACUUUGUAUAUCUGAUGAGGUCCAGACAGGAUUUGGCCGAACUGGCACACACUAUUGGGGAUUUCAGGGACAUGAUGUGAUACCAGACAUUGUAACUAUGGCAAAGGGUAUAGGUAACGGGUUCCCUUUGGCUGCUGUGGUAACCACUCCCGAGAUCGCCAGUAGUAUGGAAAGAGCACUUCAUUUCAACACUUAUGGUGGCAAUCCUUUGUGCUCUGCUGUCGGCUCAUCUGUACUUGAUGUAAUUGAAGAGGAGGGAAUCCAGAACAAUGCACAUGUUGUUGGAACCUAUUUCCUGAAGGAACUUGAAAAACUACGUGACCAGUUUGAAAUUGUGGGUGAUGUUCGCGGGAAAGGCCUCAUGAUUGGUGUGGAGAUGGUGCAGGACAAGGCAACCAAAGCACCUCUUCCUGUGGAAGAUGUCAACAAUAUAUGGGAAGAUGUGAAGGAUAUGGGAGUUCUCUUAGGAAAGGGAGGUGUAUAUUCCACGGUACUGAGAAUCAAACCACCAAUGUGUCUCACAAUGGAAGAUGCCAAGUUUUCCAUCGCAGUAUUCCGCCAAGCUCUGGAGAACUAUUAUGCCAAGUGAAGAGUUUUACUAAGCAGUGGAGAAUGAUUGUCAGAUAUAAUAGUUCCACCAGAGGCUGGAGAACUAGACAACCAAAUAAAGAGUUCUUAGGCAGAAUAAUACUGCUAUGUGUUUACAUUCAGUGGAUGGCCUGCUAAACUCAAGAUUUCUUUUUUUAUAUUUCUUCAAAACAUUUUUAUUAUACAUUCAGGAUUUGUUAAAGGGAACCUCAUUAAAGAAGAAAUACUGAAGACUUAGCAUUGUUAAAUUCCAUAUCCGAGGUAUAGAAGAUAAACAAAAAUUAACUGUAGAUUUUACCAUAGAUAUCGAUACACCAAGUGUUUUAUUGGUAUUUUAUUUAAAGUAGAAGAAAAUAGAUUUUAACUGGGCUACUAUGAGUGUAAACCGGGUUAAGUGACAGUAGGAGCAUUUAUUAAUGUUGAAGGUUUGAAGUGACUAUGCAAAUCAUUUAUUUCUCGUUAUGGUUAUUAAUGAGUGUAAAUGAUAACUAAUUUCAGUGCCAUAUGUUUUAUGUUGUAUACAGUAUAUGAAAUUGACUGCAGGUUAUGUAGAUUUCAGGGUUCAAACACAAUGUAAUAUAAAUUAUAGGAGUGUUGUUAGUUAACUCAAAUCCAGUUUGUAUAAGACACUGGACAUUGGGAGUAUAUGUAAUUCGAUAUACACAGGUACAUAAUUUAUAAACAUAUCAAGAGUUAUCAUGUGUGAAAUAUCAACAAAUUCAUUGAGAUGAUGUAGUGCAAGUUGAGUUAUGCCCCUUGUAGAAAGGAUCUCUGGGUUUUCAGAUAGUCAUCAUACUCAUUAAUUUCAAUGCUUUGUUGAUAUUUUAAUGGACUUUUUGUGUGUAUCAACAGACUUUAUACAAACUUUGUAGUCCGAUGAAUUUUUUUUGUUAUGUUGUUGAAUAUUAUUAUGGUAGUAGAAUGUAUUGGUAUUAAAGUAAUAGACAUGGAAUCACAAGUUGACCGUUGGUGUAAAGGUAAAGUAUCUAACGCUAUCAAUCAAACUUUAGCAGAUUGUCAUUUUUGUAUCAAAUUAGUGCCUCUACAAUUAUUACUAUUUAGACAAAUGUAGAAACUCCAGCGCCAUAGUUUGGGUGUGAAAAACACUAGAAUAUCAUUAGGACUAAGUACUUAGAAGGAUCAGUGGAGAUAUUUGGUUUGUUGACAGAAUUUGAUUGUGAUCUGUUUCUACCUAAUAUGGUCUUUAUGUAGUUAUGAUAAAUCAGAAAUUGGCCAGGUUCUUUUGCUGAGUGAAAUAUUUAGUAAAAUGUAGACUGUCUGGUUUUCUAUUGACAAGUUCACACAGUAAAUCUGAUUGGAAUUCAUAUCACUGUUAAUGACACCAUCUCUAAGUACACUGUCCUUAAUUAUGACUGUGUAAAAUAAAACCUGAACACAGGUUUAAUGGAAAAACGUUUUAUUAUGAUUUCAAAAACACUUGUAAGUGAAAAGCUGGCUUUACUGAAACACUCUCUUGCCUGACCAAACAGUGUAGCCUUCUUAGGUUCAUUGAAGACAGUCUCAUGUACAUAGUAUGUAGUAGUUUUAAUUAUAUUGUGUAAACAACUUUCAUAAUCAUACAGUGAAAACCUGGCUUUACUGACACAUUCUCUUGUCUGAUCAAACUAUGUAGUCCUCUUAUUGUCACUAAGAACAAGGACCAUGUAGCAGUGUGAAUGCCAUUUAUAGAAAUAUAUAUAUGAGGAAAGGAUUUAGUCCACCCUUUUUUUUACUUUUCACUCUUAACAUUGUUUAUUUUUUAUUAUAAACUAUACCGGUAAGCAUUUGUCAUGUAAUUUCUUUACCUUCAUUUUUUUAAUGCUUUGUACAUUCUACAUCUUCACUAAGUGUUUAGAUUGAAAUAACUCAUGGUUUGUAAUGAUAUUAUAGAUAAUAAGCACAUUUUAAACAUGUUUGUCCUCGGAACUAGGUGUAACGUACACAUAAUUAAUUUUGGCCAUUUUUUCAGAUCUGUUAUUUUUAGGGAUGGGGUGGGAUGUAGGCAUACAUGGAAGAAGUCACUCCUACACACAUAGAAACGUUUGAAUGCAUGGUAUUGCCUAGGUGAAACAAAGCACAGUAUAUUUCUCCUUAUUCAAUAUAUCAGAGACUUUUUUUUUUUCCCUUUUUAAGCAACAUCUUCUGUACAGGAAUGUUUUUUUCUGAAAUUUCAGUACUUUUGUACAUUUGUAAGAUCAUACUUGCAGGCUGGAUACAUAGAGAAAACAUGGUUAGUGUCUUAAAAUACAACUUGUAUUUUAAGACACUGACCAUGUUUUCUAUUUAACCUGCAACAUUUAUUGAUCAUCAGACUAUUUCAAACUUAAACAGUUUUGUUCAAUAUGUGUUUGACAUCUGACAUUGACCUUACACUGAAUUUUGCCUAAUGACGGACGUCAAAAUAAUUAUUUUGUGCGGAAACAUAGUUCCAAAUUUCAUUGGACAUAACAGCGAUUUUCUGAAUUUUCAUAAAUAAACUUGUGCAUUACAACAUGUAACUACUUUGUAAGUAUGCAAAUAAUUUCUUCAGUGUACAACAUGGUGCUAUUAAUUCACGUUCUAUUUCAGGGAUAUAAUACAGUGACAUACCAGUAUGGUACACUGUAUGAUGUGGAAAUGUCAGACAAAAUCAAACAAAAAGUGCCUUACAUUUUAGAGGUUUUAGAAGGCAUUUUCCUGAUUGUAAAGCUAGUUUAUCAGAUAGUCACCAUAUACUUUGUAAUUGCAGUGUGUUUUCUUUAUCUCAAUAAAACCAGAUAUCACUG